AUGGCGUGUCUUUGCUCGAGUCUAUCGGAAAGUACUGAGCAUCUCCAUGGACGGCGCGAUGACCACAGUGGCGCCUGGACGGAUCGAGAUUACAGCUAUACCGUAUUCUAUGGCGGAGCGCAGAUUGCGAUGAUUGCCGUUGCAGCGAUCUUGGUUAUCAUCUGUGCUCUGUUGACUGGCCUAACGUUGGCAGUCUGUGGACUUGACAUCAACUAUCUACAACUGAGAACCGUCACUGGAACCCCACAAGAGAGACGCCAGGCCCAGGAAGUUAUUCGGAUGAAGCGUCGGGCAAGCUGGAUGCUCUGCUCCUUGAUACUCUGCUCGGUUGCAUGUAGCCAAACAUUCCCCUUUGUCGUACAGAGUGUGUGGCAUGGUCCACAAUUCUGGGUUCCUGUCCUCAUUUCUACCGUAACGAUGACUAUAUUCGUGGAAAUCAUACCUCAAUACUUGAUUCCACAGCAGGCCAUUGCGUGGGGGUAUUACUGCUGGCCAGUGAUCUGGGGCUGCAUGUGGGCCACAUGUUUCAUUACAUUCCCUUUAGGAUGGUUGCUGGACAAGUCGCACGCGAAGAAAGAUAGGGUCGGUAUUUUCACAAAUAACGAGCUUCAAGCCGUCAUCAAGUAUCAUAAACAAUCUGAAAAGCGUGGGGGCAGAGUUGGCCAAGACGCAGCGAGGAUUAUGCUUGGUGCCUUGAAGCUCGACUCUCGGAUGAUCGGUCACGUGCAAUCGUCGCAGUCCAUCACCGACGAGCAGGACAUCGAGAAAGCGGAUUUGUUUUUUGAUCAAAGUAUCAUCGUGAAGUGGGAUGCAGUCAAGACUGUCGAUAUCAAUGACACUGUUGACGAAGCUUUCAUCCAAAUGGUUCAGAGCUGGUCUUACAGCCGGAUACCUGUCGUCAGAAAUUCCGCGAAAGCGACAAGCCAAGAUGGCAAAGAUUCCGAGACCAAAAGCUGGGAAGGCAGCAGGAUCUUUGGAUUUCUACAUGUCAAGAACCUCGUUGGCAUUGACACCAAGACCCCAGCAAAGACCGAAAACAAUCUCAGAGUCAAGGACCUCAGGCUGUACCCACUACCAAUCGUUACGGCAGAUAUGUCAGUCUACGAGCUUCUCAAUAUAUUCCAGCUGGGAAUAUCAAGAAUGGCGAUCGUGGUUCAGGAAUGCUCAGCUGCUAGCAGCGGCAGCAACGGCUCGCCACUGUGGACAGCAACUGAUAGUACCAAUGCAGAUCUCAUGUCAAAUUUGAAAGGGGCGAAAGGCAAAUCCUAUUGGACAUGGGAUUAUCUCAAGUUUUCCCGCGCAGCAGCAGCUGAACACCACCCAAGGCAGAAUGUUCUGGGAGUUGAGUGUCCUAAACCACUCGGGAUUGUCACAUUCGAAGACAUUAUCGAUACGAUUCUUCAGAAAAAUAGCAGAGAUGAGCGGGAUUUCUUCGAUCGAGAAUGCUCAUACCCGCCGACAAAAUUCAAGAAGAGCGGAGACUAUUCUCCAAACUCAAGCGCGCUCAAGACAGAUAAACCCCUGCUACGUUUCCCAAGGAGGGCACACAUAACCUUUGAACGGUCCGCCAAUCCAGGUACCAUGCGGAAGCGAAACGUGUCCAACAAGGUCAGUGCCCUUGAUGGCGCAGAUGAUCGCUUCGACAGAUAUUAUGCUUCUAGCAUGCGAUUUCCGAAAAGUAGACGCCAGUCUACGAGUAGUUCAUAUACAGUCAAUAGUGCAGGCGGAUUUCAUGGCGUGGAUGAGUCUGGUAAUGUCAUGGACAAUGCCAACUUGAUGACGGCAAUGGAGAUUGUUGAAAUGGCCAAUACUUUCUCUUCAGAUUGCGCUGGAAAUUCUGAUUCGUGUGUCGAUGCGGCAAGCCUACCAAUGCGCAGAUCCGAGAGUGUCGUAUCAGCAAAGAAAGGGCAGCUUAUUAGUGGUCCAACGCUGCCUCCAUUACGUCGGUUCGCCCCGUUCACCAGAGACAAUACUUCCGGAUGUGAAGGAGAAGCUGAGGACCAAGAGGGUGACGAGAUGAGUGGCCUAUCAAUACCGGUUCUCCCGAUAGACCAAGGUCCAUUACCCGCCGUCGAUGUGCAGCUGAGCUACAACCCUGAGACUUCUGGAAUCGAUAUAGAAGACAUAGAAGACACGCUUGAAGCCGUAGUUCUAUCCGUCCAUACCCGUGAGAGAAGUGGCGAAACAGCGUCGUUAAUCUCCUGGUCCUCGGAUGAUGAUGCUCAGCAGAUGACGCGUGUACACGAUGCAUCCCCAACUCUAACUGGUGAAAACCAGGGGCUGUCACCUGGAUGUAAAAGUCUUGGAAAGCCCAUUGAGGCGAAAGAGAAUGAACAGACUAAACCAUACGACGGUUUCCCGCCGGAGCUGCUUGACAACACAAAGAAGGAAAACUGCCUACCAGAAUAUCUUUCUAAGACAUUACCACGAUCGAUCGGGGCUGAGCUCGAUCUGGAGAAGCUUGCAGAAACGACCAAUGAUGUUCCCCUCCCUGCAAAAGAAGGACGCUUCCAUGAUGACAGGUCCCUCCUACCUAGCCAGAGACAUUUACUAGAACAAGACCCACUUAAUAUUGGUACAAGAAGCUCCAGUCUGUGGUUUUGA